AUGGUGUACGGCUUGGCUGGUAAGCGCUUCCAAGCCAGUUUAGCUGACUGCCUGUACCCCCUCCCCCCACCCCCCACAGUGUCACGUCUCGUCACCGUGACUACAGACCCCUACGAUGCCUGUGAGGACGCCCACGCCAUCGUCAUCUGCACCGAGUGGGACAUGUUCAAGGAGCUGGACUACGAGCGCAUCUACAAGGCCAUGCUGAAGCCCGCCUUCAUCUUCGACGGGAGGAGGAUUCUGGACGACCUGCACGACCAGCUGCAGCACAUUGGCUUCCAGGUCGAAACCAUCGGCAAGAGAGUGAGUCAGAGAAGUGCCUUCGCAGCAACCAACGACGUCUCCAAACCUGACCACCUGCCCCCAGCCAAGAAGACCAAAGUGUGAGCCUUUCUCUUCAGGAAGGUUUCUGUCACUGUGAUGGACACAGGCUUUUACAAACAAUCAUUUUAUAUUCAAUGUUAUUUAAGACAGAUGAUUUUUAACAUUGACCUUUUCUAGCAGUCUUCACCUUG